AUGUGCCAACCCGAGAAAAUGGCCAUCAAGCACGCGGGCGUGCCGCAAGGCUCGCCGCUCUCUUCUAUUCUCUUCUUGUUCCUGAAUGCAAAUCCCGUUGAUGCCUCCAUCACUAGAAGAAAGGGAGCAAUCGCUUUCGUCGUCGAUUAUACACGGCGGACUGUAGGCUCGUCUGCUAAGGCGAAUACAACCAUACUCCAGCAGAAGGUCAUCCCACGAGCGUUAGAAUGGGCGGUGCAGGCCAGCGCAGCCUUCGAGGCAGCGAGGACAUUGUUCAUCUACUUCUCGAGGAACCAGCGACUGUGCCAACUUUCCGCGGUUCCGUGUCACAUGAAUGGAGCGACUGUUGCCCCGGCAUCAAGGUUCUCGGCGUGA